CGGAGCGAGUUAAGUCAGGAAUUUCAAAGGAUUUCGUGGUUUCUACAGAGAAGGGAGGACUGGAUUCUCUGCCCACGCUAAAAGUGUGGGUUUUGUCACCUACGGAGACACACAUGCACCAUGGAGUUACUAAUCCGUGCAUGCACAUAGCACGUAAUACGCUUUUUUUUUAUCAUUAACAUAUUAUGCAUAAAACAGAAACCUUCAUUCGUGAGGCGGAUUUGUGGUGGAAAAGAGCGGUUUCUACCGCCUCCUGUACCCGAUGAAUAUGGAGAAUAUAGCCACACAUCAUGACAUACAUGUUAGAUGACAAUAAGCAAACAGAAGCAAGCUUACGACGGAUUUAACACCACACAUACAUACUAAGAACCUCAACGAUUUCAACAAUUCCUCGAUCCGUCUUCAGACAUGUCCGCCGGUACGGUCAUCGACGGGUCGUCAUUGGGGUCCCAUCCUCCAAAGACCGAGCGCGUCGAACUCGUGAAUGAGGGCGAGCAACGAUCACGCCUCCUCACCGUCUAUACCUACACCCUGGAGCAGCUUCUCCAAGAGCAGGAACUGAAGGACGUAAAGCGCGAGAAAAAUGGCGCGCGCAAGGUCAGCGACAAUUGCAAGAAAUACAGCGCAGACGAUAGCAAUGAAAGUGGGUUCGGACGAUACUUCACGAAAUGUAUUCACAAGUGUAAUGAGACUUUGGCGCCUUUUAAGCUGCUUUAUAUCUUUAUACGUGGUGGUGAGGCUUGCCUGACGAUGUAUAUCUCAUUCUACGCUCUCCAAGUUGGUGUGAAUCCUCUCCAAUUAGCGUUCAUCUACGCGCUACCUCGUUUCAUCUCGAGCAUGUCGACGCCACUGUGCGGCUACAUCGCCGACAAGUUCCGCUGUCGAAAAGAGAUGCUUCUCCUCGCCCUAUGCCUCUGGGUCUUCUUUUCUCUCUCCGUCAACUUCAUCCCAUCUCCACAACUCACCACCUGCAGACUUGCCAGAAAUCAGUUUCAGGACACGAUAGCGAAAUUGAAUAUCUCAGCAAAAUCGAUGAUGAUGCCAUCGUCCUCCGCCUCAUCGUCAUUGAAGGUGCACUCGGGUGUGGCGACUGGCUUGGUGCGGAAUUACCACGAGAGUAAUGCAAAGUGCAUGAUCUCUGAUAACGUAACUGCUGCGACAAGUAACCCGUCUUGGUUAAGCAUUCUUCACAUAGUAAACACACCCUGGACAGAGAAAACUGAAGAGUGUUACCCAGGAGGAAGAUUCUGGGGAGCUAACCAUGUACCGGGAGGCGCGGAUGUAGACGGGCCGAGUUCAACGUACGCGGGUUGGAUCUUCGAGCGGGAUAGCCUGGCGUCAUCGUUCUUUUCCAUAUUCGCUUUGAUCACGGUGGCCCACGUGAUGCUGGGUCCUACGCUGUCGUUGACGGACACGUCCACCCUUCAGACCUUGGGGCCGAAUAGGAGUCGCGAGUAUGGGUGGCAGGCGGCCUUUGGGAAGGCAUCCUUCGCAAUCUACAUCAUUCUGAUAACCAUCAUCAUCGACAUGGCCUCAUCAACAUGGUGGAGAUGCGGGAUCGAGAUCCAUGUCGAAGACUACCGAAUCGCUUUCGUCAUCUUCUUCGGAACGACGAUUUGCGCCAUCGCUCUCCUCUUCGCUUACUGCAUCAAUAUGAAGUUUGAUAAUCCCAACGAGUCCGACGUUGGUAACCUAGGAAAAGUCUUCUCUCGUCUAAAUAAUGUCGUUCUGCUUCCGACCAUAUGCUACUUGGCAGCUAACGAGGGCGCUAUAUCUGUAUUUCUUCCUUUUCAUCUGACGAAUCUCGGGAGUCCCAACAUCCUGGUGAAGUCGGCCCGCAUUGUGAGCGGCGUUUCGGAGCUCUUUCUGGCCUUCCACCUAGGCCAGCUUAUCAAGUCCCGAGGCCACGUCGUACUCCUGUCGUGCGGAGCUAUAGGCUACCUCCUCUGCUUCCUUGGCUAUGCACUCAUUACCUCACCGUUUGGUAUCCUGCCUGUACAGAUUAUCCACGGAAUGUCCCACGCUCUGACUUGGAAUGUAUUGGUGGCUCGGCUCAGUUGGGAGGUGAACCCCGAGAACCUAGCCACCCUGCAGGGGUGUCUGUCGGGCUUCUAUCUGUGUGGACUCGGGAUUGGCGCCGUGGUUGCUGGGGUCGGAGUCUCACACGUUGGCGCCCCCAUCACUUUCUUCUGCUUCGCCUUCGCUUGCCUUAUCGUCGGAAUUCUCAUGGCGAUAGGGACUAUGAGUUCGACUGAGAGAACAACACGGACAAAAACCAUCAGAUACAACCCCCUACCCGAAUCAGAUGAAUCAGGUGAAGGCUGAAAUGAACGAAGAAAAAUAGGAAGUAAACUUGCAUCUCUAUCUUCGUGUGCUCUGAAAAUGGGAAAGAAUAUAAAUGCGCGGGCGACGGAUAAAUUUCCAGUAUUAAAAACGUAUUUCAAUGUUCUGUCAGUUCUUGGAAUGCCUCUGAAAACCACUUUUCAGUCCGUAUAUACAUUGUACAAGUUGAUAACAGUAAAGUCCACCCUGAUAUUAUAUUGGUUUUAAUAAAAGCAGAAAAAUGAGAGAAACCGAUUUGUGAAAGUUUGAGCAAAUUAAAUGCGAUUAAAAGUUUUAAAAAAUAGGAAAUAAGUUGUCAUCAGUGAAACACAGAAUUGUCAAUACUGUGACGCAUAUUGCGAGUUCCUCUACAAUUUGCACUGUAAAGAAAAUUGCAUAAACUUUCAUUUUCUUAGUAACUGACGAUGUAAUAAACUUCUUUCAUACAGGGGUUGUAUAAAAUCAUAUUUGCAAUAAGUACAUUUAAAGUGAUUUUGUUUUCUCUCGG